AAUACUGUCCCCGUUUUCACCAAACCUUAUUUGGUUUCUUUCUGCAAAAGCGAGAAAACUCCAUUUUCUUUUCUUUAAUUACUUUCCUCAAUUUUAUUGACAAUACUUUGAAAACCAGAAAAAUAAUUCAUCUUUGUCUACAACUGUGCUAGUUGUUCCAGAAGAAAAUUCUCGCUCUCUCAUAAUGGUGAGAGGAUUACCCUUCACUGCCGGACUCACGGUAGUACUUACUGUUCUUGUAUUAGUCCAUAAAACUUGCAGCACCGAGAAUAAUACACAUCAGUGUGCCCCUUCUUCCUGCGGCAACAUCCAGAACAUAAGAUAUCCGUUUAGAUUGAAGAGUGAUCCAGAAGCCUGCGGCAACCAGACGCAUGAACUGUCUUGUGAGAACAAUCAAGCAGUGUUAUAUUUAUUUGAAGGAAAAUACUACGUACAGGAAAUCAAUUACAAAAACUACACAAUCCGGUUGGUGGACUCAGGUAUACAGAAGGACAAUUACUUCUCCACUCCGAGUUAUUCUUUAUAUCGAUACAAUUUCAGUUUGCCAUAUCUGCAUACAUAUACCACGUAUGAGCAAAGGGGUACGAAGAUGUCCGGGUGGAAUCACGAACUAUCACGGAGUUUGGUUUUGAUGAGUUGUGAAAAACCGGUGAAUUCUCCUUUCUAUUUGGACACUUUACUUGCAAUUAUAAUGACAACUCUUCUUCUAUAUCUGAUUCCAAGAGGAGGUAUAGAUAUGUUAAAGUUGGUAGAACCAACGCAUCCGAAAUGGAGGACUCGUGCCAAGUAGAGAAGAUGUUUCUGACUUCGUGGCCAACAGAUAAUGAUGACCCAAAUAUCUCCUGUACAGACAUCCACAAUGAAUUGGUAUAUGGUUUUGAGCUUUCAUGGCUCUCUGGUUUUUGUGGAAGUGU